CCGUGUGCGCCCCUCACCCUUCUCCUUUCCUCCUGUCUGUCCACUAGAGGGCGCCGAAGUAACUGUUUUGAAAGCUGUGUAGGGAAGAAGGUGGACGCCAUCAGUGUGCGAAAAUCAGCUCAGGAGCCGGCUUGAGUUCAUCAUUUUAGGAAACAAAAUGACGGCUGCACCGUAUAAUUAUUCCUAUAUCUUCAAGUAUAUCAUUAUUGGAGAUAUGGGGGUUGGAAAGUCUUGUUUGCUCCACCAGUUCACAGAAAAGAAAUUCAUGGCGGACUGCCCUCACACGAUCGGGGUGGAGUUCGGCACACGGAUAAUCGAGGUGAGCGGGCAGAAGGUGAAGCUGCAGAUUUGGGACACAGCGGGUCAGGAGCGAUUCCGCGCAGUCACUCGCAGCUACUACAGAGGAGCAGCAGGUGCUCUCAUGGUGUACGACAUCACCAGGCGAAGCACGUACAAUCACCUGAGCAGCUGGCUGACUGACGCGAGGAAUCUCACCAACCCCAAUACAGUGAUUAUUCUUAUCGGUAACAAAGCUGACCUCGAAGCCCAGCGUGACGUAACAUAUGAAGAAGCGAAGCAGUUUGCUGAAGAGAACGGCCUGUUGUUUCUGGAGGCAAGUGCCAAAACUGGUGAGAACGUCGAAGACGCAUUCCUGGAGGCAGCUAAAAAGAUCUACCAGAACAUCCAAGAUGGUAGUCUGGACCUGAACGCUGCUGAGUCAGGAGUCCAGCACAAGCCCAAUGCUCCACAAGGUGGCCGACUCUCCAGCGACACACAGCCUCAGAAAGAGGGCUGCAGCUGUUAAUGACCAUGGAGACUUCUUUUUGUCUCUCGUUCCAUAUCUUUCCUCCAUACCCACACCACAGCUCUUCUUUCUUUCUUCCUUUCUUCCUCUCCCUCUUUCUUGCUCUAGCUCUCUUUCUGUAUGAUCUGUAUGCACUUCAUAGUCUGAUUGGUCUGAUGCUCUUCCCAGUCGGAUGAGAUUAGAGUUCGGGGCUGGGCGACUCUGAAUGAUGGAGCGCAGGCAUUAGUCAGCUUCUGCCAUGUUCAUGCCUCUCCCUCCCUCCCUUUUUUCCUUUUUUCACCAUCACUUAUUUUAUCUGUUCAUCAUGCACACAACCCAGUGCACUCAGCAAACAUUCACAGGAGGGCGAAUCCUCCAUCGAACACUAAUGUAGAUGGGAAAAAGAGAUGAGUUUAUCAGCAAAUGGGUUGAUGUGCAUAACUGUAAAUGAGACAUCUUAUGUACAGGAGCUGUUUAAAUAGUGGGGUAAUUUAAAUCAAAUGAAAUUUUGAUAUGCGUUAUUCUCGUUUAAGUGGAAAUGAAGUUAACGUUUAGGCAGAAUCUGAUUUUAGAAUGUGCUUAAGAGAAGAUGCAUGAUAACCUGUUAUUGUACAUUUUGUUAAAAAAAAAAAAAAAACACUUUUAAUUAGGAUUUAAUGCAACGUCACAAGUAAUCAGUCACCAAAUGUUUAUCAUUGUUUGUACCUACUCCAGGCAUAUAAUAUACAUGUACUAUACAGGAUGAGUAUUGUUAAACAAAUGAAAGCGCCAUUGUAAAAAUCCAGAUUUUUUUUUUCUUCUGUUGGGAAGGUGUGCUUUAGAUUCAAGAAGUUUUAAGACCUAGAACAUUAAGAGUAAUAUAUUAAACAGGACCGGCAUUUGAGUCUGUAAAAACGUUUUUUUUUUUUUUUUGCACUUUGUAAAUGUUUUCAGUGGCCUAGCGCUCAUUUUAUUUUAGUCUUGACACCGGUCAGCCUGCAAAGCAUCCCAUGUACUUUAGAGUUCAGCAUUUGUUGGUCCUCGACGUUCAACAUCCCCAAUUUAUUGUUUUCAGCAUUAUUUAUGUCAGAAACAGACCAGCACUAUUUAACCCUCUCAAAGAAUGAAACUAAGUAGUUGGUAAAAAACAGUAAUUCUGCAGCAUAUCAACAGAUCUUCUCAGUUCUAGUUUCAGAUGCCUUAUGAUUUGUUUCCUCUUUUCUGUAAUUCGUGUUCGGUCUGAAAAUUGCAAAAAUGUAAACGCGUCACUUAACGCUAAAAACAAGCACUAAAUUCUAGGCUUUUCCACCCCUUCAGAUGCAUUCCUUCGCUGUGUGUGUGUAUAUAACCUUUUUUUUUUUACACUGAAUUUAAGAGUUAUAAAGCGUAUUGUCGUGUAACGAGCUGACUCUUGGUUCAGCGUUAGUUUCAACUAAUUGUUUUGACAAAGAGUGGAUUCAUCUCAUCGAUCUUAAAGGCACCGGUUGACAUUUUAACAGCCCACUUGCUAAGUAAAAAAAUUUAAAAAUACUGCCUUUAACGAAGGAAUGCAACACCAACCUGUUUCACAUCACCAAUUUUGUCAUUUCAUUGGUGAGGCAUUUCAGAGGGGAUGAAAAUGCAAAAGGAAGUGCUCCAAAAAGUGAUUUUUAUUCGAUCUAUAGGUUGAAGUGAGACUUUAAAGGAGUAGAUGUGAAAAGUUUUUUUUUUUUCUGUUGUUUUUUUGUAAACUAAAAUUGUCCUUUUUCUUUAUCAAAAACCAUUUUCUUGCUUUUCUCUUUAAUGUCUCAUUGACCUAAAAAAGAAAAAAAAAGUAUAUAACAUUUUUGCUCUGAAACCUGAGGUAUGUCUUCUAUCAGUGGCGUUUGUAAUUAUGUUAAUAAAGACAAUGCUGUAGACUGUC